AUGACUGACUAUUCGUCGUUGAAAGUGGCUGAUUUGAAGGCCGAGUGCAAGAAGCGCGGCGUCCCUCAGACUGGUCUCCGCCUCAAGCAACAAUUCAUUGACAAAUUGAUUGAGCUUGACUCACAAACAAAUCAGGACACGACUGAAGCAGCAGAUCCAGCCAAAGAAUCCGCCGAACCACAGUCAUCUGCACCAGACGCUGAUUCUCAAGCAAAGUCGCAGCCCGAAGAAUCAGAGAAUGAACACCCUGAGCAACCAAAGGAAGAACCAACCUCACAAAUCGACGAAAAAGCAGCACCUGUGUCGGUUUCCAAUCGAGCCCAUGAUGGACAAAUGCAGGCAGAUGAAUCGACCCGAGGAGAGGCAACUUCAGCAGCUGGUGUGGAAUCGCAAAAAGUCGAAGAUGUUAUGAAACCCUCAGAGGCACAAACAGAGAAAAUUACCCCUGAAAAUGAAGUUCCUGCAAUUGCACCUUCCCAGCCACAAAUAGCUGAAGCAGCCCAAGAUGCGAAGGACGAGGAGCCCAUAAAGGCUCAAGAAAAAUCGAUCACAGCUGCUGCCCAAACCUCAGAGAUUGACACCGAGCUAUCGACACCUCUCCCAGUCGAAGAAGCAUUGGAGGAUACACGCAAACGGAAACGCCGCAGCCAGAGCCCAGCCCCUACUCUAGAAGAGAUUGCGCAGAGGAAGGCUCGUGCAAAGGAAACAGCCCCGCGCGUGUUGCUGAAAGACGACGGGGUCUCAGUUCCUCGCGAUGAAGGGAUCAGUGAUCCAAAGGUUGAAUAUCAAAAUGCAGCGGAGGAUCAUGCAGACAAACAACCCAUUGAGACUCAAACAGACUCGCACAAAACCCCCACCAAGCAAGACGCUCGGUUUCGCAACCUAUUUGCACCUGCCGGUGCAUCAUCCCAACCCGCCUCUCCCCCAAGAGACACCACAAUGCAUGAUGCGGACACCACCCCCGCGUUGCACCCUGCAACUUCUGCCCUCUAUAUCGACGGCCUAAUGCGCCCACUCCAGCCGACCGCACUCCGCAAACACCUGGCCAGCCUCGCGUCCGCCCCCGGAACCACAGAUUCCGAUGACAUUAUCGACUUCUAUCUCGAUGCUAUCAAAACUCACUGUUUUGUGAGUUUCACCAGUCUCGCAGCAGCCUCGCGGGUUCGUUCUGCUGUCCAUGGGACUGUGUGGCCCAACGAGCGCAAUCGCAAGAAUCUGCGAGCAGAUUUUAUCCCCGAAGAGAAGAUCAAGGAAUGGAUCGAGACAGAAGAGAAAUCCCGAGACCGCGCUGGCCCUGCUGCCCGUUGGGAGGUGCGAUAUGAGACUUCUGAUGACGGAGUCACAGCUACCCUCGCUGAGGUGGGCUCCGCUCCCUCUGGACGACGUGAAUCGGGGUUCAAUCGUACUCCUCCCUUGGGCCCCCGCCGUGAUAUUGAGCAGCUUGACCGUCGCCCUUCCAAUGCACCUCCCGCUCCCGCACCUCCGUCACGACCUGGGCAGGGGUUCAAGCCUCUAGAUGAAUUGUUCGAAUCUACCACUACAAAGCCCAAGCUGUACUACCUUCCCGUUCCACGUCCUGUUGCCGACAAACGUCUGGAUCAAUUCGAUGAGCUGAUCAAGAAGGGCACAUUUCCGCGCCGUGGUGGUGAUGAGAUGCGGCGAAUCACUUUCGAAGAUGAGGAUAAAUUUGUGGACAUCGGCCCCGAGCGAUUCGGACCUGGACCUCGAUCUGGUCCCGGACCUCGUGGGCGGGGACGUGGACGGCGUGGAGAUUCAUGGCGCUCUUAA